CGAGGUUUACCUCAAGGUUGACUUGCUUGCGUAUUUUCAAACAGUCACAAGUUCAAAUUCAGCUUCAUAUACCGGGAUUUAAUACCUGGAUAGUGGUGUCGGUCCACACUCAAUAUAUGUGACUAUCGCCCCAAUACAUUGAAUUCCCAGUGGUUGAAAAACCUCAUUUCCCUCCUUGCUAACAAAUCGUUUAAAUAAUUAAAUGGAUAGUUCGAAACAAAAUAGUAUAGUAAUAGAUGUCAAGUUUACUUUUCCAAAAACUCAGGCUAAAAUAGGAGUUCCUACAAAUUUCUUCUUGAUAGUAGCAGUUUUAGGAUGUAGAAUUUUCCUCGGCGUAUGAGAGUACUCUAGGUUACAUUUCGCGUAAUGACUGUUUCUGUUAUAAUAUAUUAGGUUACACUAAUUUGAGAUUCCAGUACCUGUCAAGACGUUGUCUUUUUGGAGUUUGACCUACAAUGGGUUACUUUGACGAAGAUUUCCCCGCGACAUUUUUAAGAUAUGAAAAUUCAGUAAUCCCUAAAACAAGCUUGAAUUUUGGAGCUUUUGUUUCCUAUUGCAGCUUGUCCAACGUUGGGAGAUUAGAUUUACUUAAAGUAAUCGAUAUAGUAGCAUUUCUAUUCGUUACUGUCCAAUGUCAUAAGUCUCAUGGGUUAGGUAAAUUAGAUCAGUUUCAGUUCAGUUUCAGUUUGGGAAGGACAGGAGGCUCGAUGGCCUAUGUUAGUCCUGGCAAUGGUGGUCUCUCAGUUGAUCCAACUUUCUUUUGAAAGAGUCGACGGAUGGAGCCUCAACGACGUGCUGAGGUAGUGAAUUCCACUCGUUGAUGAUUCGAUGGGAAAGUCGAUAGUCAGCUGACAAGUAAUUUGUUCUCGGCUUAUGAACUUUUUUGGAGUGUCCUCGUAAAUUCUCUGUUUUGGAAGACAAGAAAAAUGAGGGCAUGUUAGGUGCAAAUUUAUCACUAAGCAAUUUGUAGACUGUAAUCAAGUCGCCUCUAGUUCUGCGAUAUGACAACGGGAAAAGGUUCAGCUUGGCCAGUCGAGAUUCAUACGGAAGCUUCGCUAUUGCGGGAACCAGCUUGGUCGCCGUUCUUUGAACCUUUUCCAGAAGCUCACUGUCUUUUUUAAAGCAGGGGCUAGCCGCCUGUAUGCAGUACUCAAGUUUAGGACGAACGAACACUGUAUACAAAGUCAAAAACGUCUUAGUGUCGACAUGACUAAAAGCCCUACGUAUUGACCAUAACGUUCUAAAACCUUUGGCGGCUAUUGCACGGCAGUGUGCAGUAGUCUUUAAGUUUUGACUAACGAUAACUCCUAAGUCAUUAUAUGUCUGGACGACAGGUAGCUCAGUGUUAUUCAUCGUAUAUGUAUCUGUGCCUUGAUGACCGAUAUGCAUCACAACACACUUGGAAGUAUUUAUCGGCAACUGCCAUGUUUGAGACCAUUCAGAUAACUUCU